UCUGCCCUCCCAUUCAGCUGGGAGAGAGGGAGACUGGGCUAGAGAGAGAUGAGGGACUGAGCUCUCCAGUUCAAGUUCCACGACAGUUCUCUCUAUUUAGAGAGAGAGAGGGGGAGACUGGGCUAAAGAGAGAUGAGGGACUGAGCUCUCCAGUUCAAGUUCCACAACCGUUCUUUCUGUUUAGAGAGAGAGAGGAGAAUUUUUAGAUAGAGAGUAGGAAAUCCUAUUUCUAAGAGAAGCUUCAGGGGAGUUUUGUGAAUGACUACUUGCCUUCUCCACCACCAAUACCAACAUGCUCUCUUUCUCACUAGACCAAUUUCCAUCACCCGAAUUGCUUGUUGUUACCCCCAUAACAUUUUACUGUGAUUCAACCCACAAAAAUGUCAUCGUUUUGCAAAUACAUGAUUGGGUUCUCAGAGUGCUUCUUCUACUUCAAAAUCACCAGAAAAUACACCACUAGUGUUUCAAUCUCUCUCCAUGAAGUGGGUCAAGCUCCAUUUUCUCUCUCUACCUCGGGAGCCUCUCUCUCUUACAAGGACCUCCUUCAAGCUUGCACCAGAACCAAAUCCUUGAGAGAUGGUAAGCUCAUCCAUGCCCACUUGAUCAAGAACUCAUCAAGACCAAAACCAUGUAUUUUCUUCCAAAAUCUACUCUUAAACCUGUACUGCAAAUGUGGCCCGAUGGAUUAUGCACAUCAUGUGUUUGAUUCCAUUGAUGAACCAGGAACUAUUUCAUGGAAUGCAUUGAUCUCUGGCCAUUCUCAAUUGGGUAAUCCUCAAAAAGCCAUGGAAGUUUUCCGCCAAGCUCUGGUAUCGAAUUUGAAGCCUGAUCGCUUCUCUUUUUCACUUGCCCUUGGCAUUAGUUCUCGAACAAGGGAUCUGAAAUUGGGCUUGGCAAUUCAUGGUCUUGUUAUCUUAACAGGGUUGGACCUCCCUGUUUUCAUCGCUAACUCCCUUAUAGACAUGUAUUCCAAAUGUGGUCGAGUCGAUCAAGCCCAAGAUAUUUUCGACCGAGUUCUAGAGAAAGAAGAGGUCACGUGGAACACCUUAGUCGCAGGCUAUGUAAAGAACCAGCUCUAUAUCGAGGCCUUGAGAGUGAUAGCCUCAAUGCAUCAGGCUAGUGAGAGGAUGAGUAGCUUUGUGUUUGGUAGUGGCCUCAAGGCUUGCAGUGAGGUCGGACACAAAUUCGGAGUGCAAUUACACUCAUGUAUUUUACAAUUAGGGUUAGAUUCGUGUGUGAUUGUGGGUUGUGCAUUGCUCAACAUGUACUCGCGUGCUGGGCUCCUGGGCCAUGCCCGCAUAGCAUUUGGCUCAAUCUUGUAUCCAAAUGCCAUUACAUACAAUGCUAUGAUGGCUGGAUUCUUAAGACAAGUGUCGGAGCCUAACGGAGACGGGCUUGGCCUUGUGAGAGAAGCAGUCAUGCUUUUCUCAGAGAUGCGGGCUCAAGGGGUCGAACCCACGAGUUUCACUUACUCGAGCUUGCUUAGGGCUUGUUCGGAAAUGAGUUCAAGUGGGCUUGGGCGCCAAGCUCAUGGACUUGUGUUAAAAAGCCAAUUGGGCUCAGAUGAGUUCAUAGGAAGUGCUAUAGUCGAUAUGUACUCGAAAGCCAGGGACGUUGAAGACGGUGCAAAAUGGUUCAAUUCGAUGCCUAAACAAGACGUGGUCUUGUGGACCUCAAUGAUAUCGGGCUAUGUUCUAAACACUAGGUUUGAAGAGGCCCUUAGACUUUUCAAGGGCUUGGUUCAAUGUGGCGGCCCAAGGCCUGAUCAUUAUGCCACAUCAAGUGCACUCAGCGCUUGUGCUGAGCUGUGUGUGUGUCGUGGGUGCGAGCAAUUGCACGCAUGCGUAACCAAGUCCGGACUUGCUGGGUUCACACCAAUUAUUAACGCACUCAUAUGUGCGUAUGCCAAGGCUGGCGAUGCCAACUUAGCAAGCCGGGCUUUUGAUGAGGCCCCUGUGCCCGAUGUGGUCACAUGGUCGGCUUUGAUCAUGGCUUAUGCACACCAUGGUCAAGCCCAUGAUGCCCUAGCAUUGUUUAAUGAGAUGUGUGGGUCUACUGUAGCACCUAACCAAGUAUCUUUCCUCUCUGUGCUCACGGCUUGUAGCCAUGCAGGCCUAGUGGACUCAGGCCUAGGGCUCUUUAAGAGCAUGACAAAGGACCAUAAGCUUGAACCCAGUGAAAAGCAUGUGGCUUGUGUAGUGGACCUACUUGGUCGAGCCAGUAGGCUCAGUGAGGCCAAAGAGUUCAUACUCAGCUCUGGCUUUGAAAAUGACCCUGUUCUAUGGAAGGCUCUAUUGGGUGCAUCUCGAGUCCAUAAGGACUUGACCAUGGCUCAGUAUGCAGGUGAGUGGGUCAUGAGGCUUGAGCCCAUGGCCUCUGCCUCCUAUGUGUUGCUAUAUAACAUGUAUAUGGAGGCUGGGUUGCAUGAUCAAGCCAUGAUGAUUCGUGAGUUGAUGGGCUCAAGGGGUGUGAAGAAGGAGCCCGGGCUCAGUUGGAUUGAGGCCUCUGGCUCAGUGCAUGGCUUUGUGGUAGGUGACCGAGGGCACCCAAGAACAAAUGCAAUUUAUGAGAAAUUGGAGACAUUAUUCAGUGAAAUCGAGGUGGCUGGAUAUGUGCCAGAGGCUGUUGGAAUUGGGUCCUAUGGUAGAGAUAAAGAGGGAAAGGAAAACCCUGCGAGAUAUCAUAGUGAAAAGCUGGCUGUUGUUUUUGGUAUGAUUUCUUUGCCCGAGGGGGCGCCAAUCAAGGUGAUGAAGAAUUUGCGGAUUUGUGGGGAUUGCCAUGUUGUGAUGAAGUUUAUAUCAAAGGUCACUUCCCGAGAGAUCAUUCUGCGUGAUGCAAUCCGGUUUCAUCAUUUUAAGGCUGGAUCAUGUUCUUGUAGUGAUUACUGGUAAACAAAAGAGGCGAAGAAGAUGAGAAGGUAAAUUCACCAAGAUACCCACAAGAUUGUUGAGAAUGACACACGGAAAAAUUGACCUUGAAGCGGUGGCUUCACCAGAGACACUCCCCCAAACUUUGAUUAGAAGAGAGAAAGUGAGAGAGAUAGGGGGUGAGGGGUUUGGGUCCAUGUGUGUUAGAAAUUGAGACAUGGGAGAAAAAAGAGGAAAGAACAGAGGAUUGUAUAUUGCUUGAAUAAGGGGCCUUCAGGUUUCCAAUUCGUUCCUCAUUCCAACCAGUUUGCUUAAAAAAAUAAAUAAAUAAAUAAAAUGAGGAAGAAACACAAGGAUUAAAAAAGGCCAAAGUGACUUCAUAGUUUAUUUUCUAUAUACUGGUGAAUCAAGAUAGAGCUGAAAAUCAGAACAUCCAAAUUCAAAUGGUAGUGAAGGGAAGCCUGGAAGAUCAGGACCUUAUUUAUGCAAUUUUGUUAGACCUUCAUUGGCAGAGGCUAUUGUACAUUAUUCCAAGCAUAAAGGAUUUUAUUGAUAUGGCUAAUGUAGCCUGGAAAGUAAUACAUAAAGUGCAUCAGGUGAAUGUAAGAAUACAUGUGUCCCCCUUGUGAAACUUCCGACACUCUUCUCAACUGGAAAGUAAAACCUUGAAAUUGAAAAUGGGAGUGUAAAUGAGCCUGUUCUUGGUCAGGAUCAUAGUAGGCAUGCCGGGUUGAGUCAGACCGCGGUUGAACACAAACACACACAUGUUUGGUUGAGUCAGACCGCGAUUGAACACAAACACACAUGUUUGGUUGGGUUGAAGGUCUACGCUAGACCCCGACCUGGGUAGGUUCGACCCACCGGAUCACCACGUUGACUCAACCCUAUUCUCAGUUGUAAUUGAUAUGGCUAUACGACAACAGUGGUGUAUAUUCAAAAUUUCCAGAAAAAUGCAAUAACCUAGUUCAUUCUGUC